AUGGAAAAAGCAAGUACCCUUGGUACUCAAGUCAAUGUUCAUUUUAUUCCAAAAUCUACAACAGAAAGUGCAUUGACCUUUCUUCGAUCCGAAUUUGGAAAACGAUUAAAAAGUAGUGAUACAUUUCGCAUUGUCACUGAUAUGAAUCGAGAUAAUGAAAUUUCUCCAAAUGAUGCUGGUGUUCGUCUACUUUUUCAAGUGCGAAAACUUGGAUUCUAUCAGAAAUAUCUUAUAUUCACUGGGAACGCAUCGGAAGGUCGAAGAAAAUUAAAUAAAGUUUUUCAGGGAAAUCAAUUGGAUGACGUCAAAAUUACAGAAGAUCCGACAGAUCUCGAACGAUUCGUGCUUUUCAAAUGA